AUUCAUUGCUGUUAGCGGACCUGUCGAGCAGCCGAAGUCCCUUCUGUCUUAAAGACAAUACAAAGCAAUAAUUACCGGACCUUCUUGAACACUUGAAUCCACAUCACUUCUUGACAUCUUCUGUCUUCAUUUGGAACAAAAAAGUCAUCAUGUCUCAGCAACAGCUCAGCCUCCCAGCCAAGCUCAUUAAUGGCGGUAUCGCUGGCAUUGUUGGAGUGACUUGUGUCUUUCCCAUUGACUUGGCAAAGACCAGAUUGCAGAACCAGAGAAGUGGGCAGCAGGUCUACAAGAGCAUGAUGGACUGCCUUAUUAAAACUGUUCGAGCAGAGGGAUACUUUGGCAUGUACAGAGGUGCCGCAGUAAACCUGACUCUGGUUACCCCUGAGAAGGCCAUCAAGCUGGCUGCUAAUGACUUCUUCCGCCAUCACCUCUCCAAGAAUGGAAAGGGGUUGACAGUUUUCAAAGAAAUGCUGGCAGGUUGCGGUGCAGGCAUGUGCCAAGUUAUUAUCACUACCCCUAUGGAAAUGCUAAAGAUACAGCUACAGGAUGCAGGACGGCUGGCGGUUCAACAACAAAAAACAGUCGUGGUGUCUCCCACAAAGCUUGUUGUCACAAAUGGUCUUCUCGCCCGCUCCUACAACUCUGGCACCGUGAUGUCGACACCGAGAGUUGUGUCAGCCACACAAAUCGCAAAGCAGCUUCUCCACACCCAGGGCAUCCAGGGUCUCUACAAAGGUCUGGGAGCAACGCUGAUGAGAGAUGUUCCCUUUUCUGUUGUUUACUUCCCAUUGUUUGCUAACUUGAACCGCCUGGGCAAACCUAGUCCUGAGGACCAGUCUCCCUUCUACUGGGCAUUCCUCUCAGGCUGUGCUGCUGGAUCUAUUGCUGCUGUUGCUGUUAACCCCUGUGAUGUGGUGAAGACCAGGCUGCAGUCUCUAAACAAAGGGGCAAGUGAGGAGAGUUAUAAUGGAGUUCUGGAUUGCGUAAGUAAAAUAAUGAGGAAAGAGGGGGCCACUGCCUUCCUGAAAGGUGCUGGCUGCAGAGCUCUGGUCAUCGCACCUCUGUUUGGAAUUGCACAGGUCAUGUAUUUUGUUGGUGUGGGUGAAUAUAUUCUGGACAACUUCCCUCUCACCUUCAUGUCUGUGUGAGUCCAAAUCAUCUGGCUGAAAAUCUGCAGGAGCUGAUGGACACCUGGCAGCUGCAUCCAAUCAGUUUACAAGUGCCAAAAUAAAGACUGAGUCAAAGUUUGACUUUAUUUGUAUGGUCCAACAGCUGUGAUGCACUUGAACACUUUUCCAAACUUCUCAAGUCGGCGGAGGCCGCUGUUUGCACUUAAAGCUGUCGGCCUUCUUUGGGUGGGGACUCGGAAAAGUUCAUCUUUGUCCUCAAACAGUCGAUUUAAGAUUCCCUCUGUGAGGGCAGGAGCUCAUUCAAAGACCCAUUUAGUAUUUUUUUCAUACUUUCUGUGAUACAUAUAUCCCAGGUUGCCAUUACUGUUCCAUUCUGUACAGCCUUCAAUAGUUGUAAUGGGUAAAUGUAUGAGGCCUAGUUUACACAAUUGAAAAGGGAUUUUUAAAUGUGUGUGUGUGUGUGUGUGUGUGUGUUUAUAUACUUUUAGACAAUAUCUUGUAGAUGUUUUUUGACUGAUCUCGAGCCUUCUGACUGGUAUGGGACCA